GGGACCGACUGCAUGGGGCGCCAGCGGCUCCGGGUGGACCGAGCAGCCGGGGCCGGGUCGGGGACCCUGCCCGAGGCCAUCGCCGCGCUGAGUCGAGCGCUGCCCUGCGGGCCCAGCCCCGAGACCUUCCGACGUGCCAAGUUCGACCGCCCGGAGGCGGCCCCCGCGCUCUGGCAGCUGCUCUUCCGGGUGCUCUCCCCGAUCUCGGAGGCCGGCGCGACGGCCCCUCCGGCCCCUGAGGCCCAAGCCCGCUUGGUGAAGGCCGCGCUGCGCUCCGAGGGCUACCCGCGGCCGGCGCUGGCCCAGCUCCCCGAGGACGGCUCCCCGGGCAGCCGUGAGCUGCUGCUGGCCCUGUCCUGGCUGCUGGCCCGCCGGCCUCUGCUUGAGCGACUGCUGGCCCGGACCCGAGUGCGGCUGGAUGAUGAGGUGGCCGUGUGCAAGUGUGACGACCUGGCCUUUGGCAGGGCCAACACUGACCUGCCUGCUCUGGGCUUGGGAUCUGAUCUCCAUGUGGACAUCCGCCACGUGCAGCGGUUGAUGGGAAAGCUACGGUUCCAGUGGCGAAACCUGGUGUCCACCCAGCAGGAGCAGUGUGCCCUCCUCAGCAAGAUCCACUCGUACACAUGGGGCUGCCACAGCGACCAGAGCCUUGGCCACCUGUCUGCCACCGAGACGGAGGUGCUCAGGGACCCCGAGGGCAGCCAGCAGGGACUCCAGUCAUAUCGCUGGACUCGAGCAGAGCACCGGGGCUGGAAGAACAGACGCCAGAACAAAUGUGCACACGAUGUGUCAGGAGGCAGCGGAUGCCAGGAUGGAAAACGCAAGCACCAGGAGGGCUGA